AGUGAUCACCGAAGAAGCAAGCACAGGAGACACUUCGAGAAGCGGACAUUGCAACACCAUCGACUCGAACGCACUGCUCACAACGCACGCGUAGAAAAAUCUAAUCGCUCACCUCCGGCGGCCUCCUCCUUGAUUUUUCUAGCAACGUUGCCAGAGCGUCAGCGCAGCGCGUUGGAUCUGUCCGUGAUCGGUCAUUGGCCGACAGACUGGCGGUCAGAGUUGACUCGUUGACUGGUAUGCGACGUGAGGUCCGUCGCAGAGGGUGAUCAGUGGCGGCAAGCACAGUCUUUGCAAAGUUCCUAUGAUUGCGCCGACGAUGGACCGCGAAGUGGUUGCCUUGGACUACUCCACUCAUGGCAGCAAGAAGCGCAGCCCCCUACAGGACAUAUCGACCAACCAGCCACCAAGCAAACGGCGAAGGAGCUUUGGCAAACGUUCCAAUGCCAAGGCGGUGACAGGAACAGACAUUGAAAAUGUUGACAUUACGGAAGACAGUGACGACAGUUCGUCAUCGCAUGACAAGUGGGGGGUGGACAAUCGUGUUCCAACUGAGAUCCUAAAGGAUAUGGGCAUUGAUUACCUAGAAGAUGAAUCUCCGCAGACAAGCAUUUGUACAAAGCCACCAUCACCACCACGGGCAUCACGCAAGUUUUCGAAGGGACAGAAACGUGAUGCCCCAUCUGCAUCAGGUACGCCAUCAAGGACGGUGCCAGACACCUUCACACUUCACAAGCGAAGCAAACAGGACACUAGCAGUGGCAAAGACCCAUUUGAAGACUUUUCAGAUGAGACUAUCCUGGAAAUCUUCAAAUGGCUGCCCAAGCCAACGCUAGCCAUAUGUGGUCGCGUCUGCCGCCGUUGGAUGGCGAUAGCGUUUGACGAAAGCCUCUGGCGGCGGCUUGACCUCAGCAAAAAGCACUUGGGCCCCGGUGUGCUCGGGAACGCACUCAAUCGUGGCGUCGUCGUCCUCAGGCUAGCAACAGCUGAAAUCAAAUCACCUAUCUUCACUGACGCACCCAUGCUGUCCUACCCAGCUGAUGAAAGCUGGCCCUCGUGCAAGGUUCAGUACCUCGACCUGAGCAUGGCAAGCAUCAGCGAGGACGCCCUGUGUGAGCUGCUGGCCAGCUGCUCCAACCUCAAGAAACUCAGCCUGGAGCAGUGUACACUAAACGACCGGGUUUGCAGGUUGAUUGGAGCGAAUCAUGCCUUGGAGAGCCUCAACAUGAGCAUGGCAAGUGGCUUCACACACUUGGGCAUCGCCUCUAUUUGCAGGGGCUGCAAAAGUUUAACAUCCUGGAACCUUGCUUGGACUAAGAUGACUACGGCUUGCAUUGACUCUCUUGUGCUGACUGCAACACCUGUGCUGCAGGAACUGAACAUUGCGGGUUGUCGCAGUGAGAUCACCAAUGACCAUGUGUCUGCGCUCGUAGAGCGGUGCCCACACCUUUUGGAGCUAGACCUCAGUGAUGCCACAGAAAUCAGCUGUGAUGCCAUGCGCGCCAUCGUGAAUGGCCUCCCCGAGCUGCAGCAUCUAUGCAUCAGCCGCUGCUAUAGCAUCGCACCAACCACCUUUCUGUCGAGAAACGCUCGCAGACUCUUUGCCCGCAUUCGGCAAUUCGCUCUCCGCCGCGCCUCGGGCUCCACUGCUAUCGAAUACAUCGUGGCCUCCUUCCGGUGGACUGCCUUGAGUUCCCGGCGUCUCCGUGGACAUGUGGCAUGAACGACUUGUCAAUGCCGCCCCCUCUAGUCGAGUGCCCUCAACUCUCUCCUCGCAGGUCUUUCAUGCUUUGUGUGGUGGACAGUUUUGUGGUGCGCUCAGCUGCGGCACUUUGCCGUCGAACUCAAAUGUGCAGCUCAAAUGCUCUGGUUAACUGCAGCCAACAUAUCAUGUCUUCCUCUAUUGGUUUGCAUUGAAAGUGAGACCACAAGCCCGGCGACAUGUGUAUCCAUUACUGUAAAUAAUGUGUCAGUGUGGGUAAGUGUGCAUCAAUCCUGGUCCUGAAAGACAUGACACAGGGACAUUGGAGUCAGCGUUUACGUCGAGCACAUGGUUGAGGCUAGCAGUGAAAUGUGGGAAGCUGCAGGUCCUUUUGCAGGCCACUUGACAAGAAGUUGACGUGCUCUCGGAGCAGUGCUUGCCUUCUGUUCACUCACAGUUGUGUUGUAACCACAAGGUGGCCCACUGCAUGGCUUUCGGUAUUUGUUGAUGUGCAUGUCAUGCCGAGACGAAACCAUUUGGUUGGCACUGUGUUUAAACAUGUGUGUUUGUGAUGCUAUAAGCCUCUGUGUCUUCCACUGGUUGAAGACUGUCACAAUUAAGCCUUGUUGCAGGCUCCAACUAUGCUCUUGCAAUCAAACUUGAUUAACUUAAAACUUAAACUGAUCAUUUACUAGCUAUGCGUACCUUGCUGGAUUUAGUUCCUUUUUUUAUCAAGCAGAAGAUCGGCUGCGCCAUUUCUCACAUCUGCAGUCGUGGACAGCAUACAUACGUUUAUCUGUCAUACUUAAAUACAAGUACUGAAGGAAAAAAAAAUUGCUUCUACUGUACUGCUGGCGCAUAAUGCACCGUAAAUGACCAACGAAUACAGCACCAAGGCAAGUUCACUUGCCGGAUAGCAGUAUCUAAACUUGAAGAGAAAUUGUUUAACCUUUUGUUACGGAGUAUGAUAACGUGCGCCUACCAUGCAUCCUUGCUUCUUUUGUUCUAACUGGAAACAGGAGCUGAUAUGCGUAAAUUGCAAUUAUUUUGUGUGCUGUUUAUUAGAAAGUGAAGUGGGUUAUAGCCUGACAAAUGCCGCAAAUGGCUUCAUUAGAGGAAGCAGGCAAAAGGGCGUAGGACACCCUUGUUACCCUGUGGUCAUUCUUUCGUCUCUUCUGAAUGUUUGUUUUCAACCUAUGCCAAAUUUACUAUGUAGUUCAACAGCACAUUCUGGCAAGCACAACCACAGAUUGCUGUUAAACUAACCUAAUUUAUGGACGCAAUGAAAUGGCUUUCUUUAACCGCAGCAUGCACAGCGUCUUUUGGUCCGGAAGCCUACUGAAGUACCGUUUUUUGAACACAUCGUACUUGUGAUUCAUCUAGCUGUAGCCGUCAGGGGCCAAGCUCCAAGCUACGCCCUCAAAGGCAACAGUGAGGAGCAUGUAGACUGUAGCGUUUUGUCCUGCUUUGUGUUACGAGCAUCGCAGUGACAUUAAAGCCUCCUGUUUCAAUUAUGUUUGUCCUCAUAGUUUUAUCAUCAAAUGUUCAGCCUGGGCGAUUGAGGCUACAUCCUUGUGUUCACUCAUUCAUUGGUUGUUUUUAGUACGACUGUUGUUCCAGCAGGGAGCAGCCUGUCCUUGUGAAGGUUUGGCUGCAAUUUUUUAACACCUUGUGAUUAAGGCUAGUUAUGUGAAGGGAGCAGAUUUAAUCGUGGCCCAACUUUCUAAGAGUUUAACCGUGGACGAGGCACUUCAAAAAACUAUUUUUAAACAAUUUGAAUAAAAUUUUCAUAGUUCAUGCAUUUUCACCAGGUGAUCUCAACAUAAAAUAAUUUUUUUUAUAUGACAAAUGUUUUUUAAUUUAUCCAAAACAGGAUGUUCGUUUAGGGUUAGCUAAUUCAGAGCAACUUGCAAGGCAACCUACUGCACAUGGAAUCGAUUCAGAAUGUUCAUAGUGUGUCAUAAGCUAUAAAUUGUUGUUUUAGGCCAUUUUCAAGCAAUGUUAUAGGUGGUCAAACUUAGCCAUAACAAAUGCCCAAAUUGAUAUGUUUCUAUUAUCAAGGUGGGCAUUUUUUAUGACUAAGUUUGGCAAUAUACAACUUUGCUCAAAAAUGACCUAAAACAAUUAUUUAUAGCUUACGACACAUUGUGAGCAUUCGAAAUCGAUUCAGUUUGCUGUACGUUUUAGUUCGAUUUAGUUUGCUGUAGGCCCUAAACAAAGAACACCCUCUUUUGGAUAUCAUAAAAAAUAUUUAUCAUAGGAAAAAAAUAAUUGCAUUUCUGAAAUCUGCUGGUUAAAAUACAUUAGGUAACUGUUCAUUGAAAUUGUUUCAAAAAUGAAAGUAAUUUAAAGUGCCUCGUCCCGCCUUAAGGGACGGUUACUCAUUACUGGAGUUCAAGUUUCAUUCUACUUAGUAGCACUCUUACGUUUUGUUCAGUGCCAUAGUGAAGCUAUAUUCCUGGACACUCUUUUCUUGAUAUGAAGGUAAGGUUAUGGGGUGGAGCUGGACUGGUACAGAUGUCACCCAGGUAGUAUGGGCAAGUGUGUUCAUUUCUCUUGCCUUGUGUAGCUUGUUCACUUUGCUACCAAGGCAACUACAGUCAAAUUCACGUAAACGUUGUAUACCCUUGGCUUUAGUCGUUUGAACAGCCAUUUCUUGUUCAAUUUUUUCAUAAGUGAAUUCCAAAGGAUAGCUGGAUCGCAAGCCAGCGGACAACGAAUGUUCACCAUAAGACAGCCCCGUUCUGCUUUUGAGAAAUGCUGCAUGAAACGUGCACUGUCACUAUGUGGGAAUGCUCGAAAUUGCCAGGAAAAUUUGUCAUGUUAUAGAAUGCUAGCAUUUCAGUUACAGGACUAUGUGGACCACACAUAUAUUUCGAUUCUAUAGCUUUGCUCUCGCGACAAUCCACAAGUAUGGUUGCAUGCAUACAAACUUUUACGAUGUUAUUGUAAAAUGCCCACUUUAGAGUUUGUUUACGACUGUCAUAUUGACAAUUAAUUUAAGAGUACAUUUGCGGCAAGUGUAUGGUAAAAUCUAUUUUGAAAAGGAGCUAAACAUGGACUCUGACCGAUUUCUCUGUCUGAUUUCUCGGACCUACCACUAUCCACUUAUUCAGAUAAUGGGAUCCAAAAUACCGACCGCCAUUACGUGAAUGCUUCUGUAAACAUCAUGAACAUUUUUCGUUGUCCGUAUAUGGCGCAGAUCCGUGUUGUGAUCAUCGUGCAGAACGCCUGUUCACAGCAUCUCAGCUGAACACUUUUUGAAUUUCGUAGAUAAACAGUUCAGAUAUUGUGUAACAAAACAAGUUCUAGUAUUUUUCAACUGAUGAGGUUGGCAGGUCUGUAGUUGCUAUGGUCCCAUGACUUGAGACACUUGUUUAUGGCAGUGUUGUUCGUUCCUGUUAGUCAUGGUCUUGUCGGUCACAAUGAUGUCAUAGCUGGAUUCACAAAGCCAGGUUCAAAGCGAAAUAUUACAUAAGUUUCAUCUCCUUUGGUUGCUGGAAUUCCUAUUCCAGUGAAAGUGAGCUCAUCUGUUCACAUUCGUCGGCCUGAUGUUAACUGUGCAUUCCAAUAUUUACAAGUGUUCAUCUGCCAACAUUUUGAAUGUUCUCCCUGUAUGUAUAUUCUGUCAGAAUUCACCAUUACAAGAACAACAAGAACAUUGUCACCAUGACUGCGAGCAAGUACCAAUUAUAGGGUGUUCUAAUUAAGUCACUUUGAAGUGCCAUUUCUAUUUUACUGAUUGCCUCAUUACUAUUAAUAGAGUUCAGGGCAUUGCACUUCACUUCCAUGUGCCUAUACUGUUUACCCCCCAUUUGUUCUACGUGCUUACCCCCCUUGUUGUUUUUGUAUUGUGUUUUUUAAAUGUUUCAUAAAUGUGUAUUGUGGCAUCAUGUCUCCAAUACGUUGCUGCAGUUUCAGAUUACUGCUCACACGUGUUUUUUAGUCUGAACUGAGUGAUGUAAAUGUGUGGUGUGUAUUAUAUUGUGUGAAAGCAUGUUGGAAAUAAAGAUAAUUCAGUGUUUGAACAAGCA